AUGAUUGAAUCGAUAGAAAAUUUGGAAGAUACUAAAGACCAUUCUACAAAAGAAUGGGUUAGUAUGCUUGGACCACGAACAGAAAUCGCCAAUCGCUUUCAGUCUUUUUUGCGCACCUUUGUUGAUGAACGUGGUAUGUACACAUACCGGGACCGUAUUCAACGCAUGUGCGAACAGAAUAAAUCUUCAUUUGUUGUAUCCUACACGGAUUUGGCAAAUAAAGAGCAUGUACUUGCGUACUUCCUACCUGAAGCACCUUUUCAAAUGCUAGAAAUCUUCGACAAGGUGGCUAAAGACAUGGUCUUAUCAAUAUUUCCAACAUAUGAACGUGUUACAACAGAAAUUCAUGUUCGUAUAUCAGAAUUGCCUCUUAUAGAAGAGUUACGGACUUUCCGGAAACUCCAUCUGAACCAGCUGGUGCGUACUUUGGGCGUGGUAACAGCCACAACGGGUGUGUUAACUCAACUUUCAGUCAUCAAAUACGAUUGUGUGAAGUGUGGCUACGUUUUGGGGCCCUUUGUACAGUCACAGAAUACAGAAGUUAAACCUGGCUCCUGUCCUGAGUGUCAAAGUGCCGGCCCUUUUUCGAUUAAUAUGGAACAAACAUUAUAUCGGAAUUACCAGAAGAUUACCUUACAGGAAUCUCCUGGUCGCAUUCCCGCUGGUCGGACUCCGCGUAGUAAGGACGUAAUUCUUUUAGCGGAUCUUUGUGACUUAUGCAAGCCGGGUGAUGAGUUAGAAGUUACUGGUAUUUACACAAACAACUCUGAUGGUUCGCUAAACACUGAGCAAGGGUUUCCGGUUUUCGUCACCGUCAUUAUUGCGAAUCAUAUCGUUGUGAAGGACAGCAAACAAGUAGUACAAUCGCUUACGGACGAAGACAUCGCUACCAUUCAGAAGUUGAGUAAAGAUCCUCGGAUUGCAGAAAGAAUAAUAGCUUCAAUGGCCCCAUCCAUAUAUGGCCACGACUAUAUUAAACGCGCACUUGCGCUGGCUCUAUUUGGUGGAGAGUCUAAAAACCCCGGUGAUAAACACAAAGUUAGAGGCGACAUAAACUUACUUAUAUGCGGCGACCCAGGAACGGCAAAAUCUCAGUUUCUUAAGUACACGGAAAAAAUAGCGCCACGUGCAGUUUUCACGACCGGACAAGGGGCCAGUGCUGUAGGCGUGACUGCCUAUGUUCGUCGAAAUCCAAUAUCGCGUGAAUGGACUUUGGAGGCAGGCGCCCUGGUACUGGCGGAUCAAGGUGUAUGUCUUAUUGAUGAGUUUGACAAAAUGAACGAUCAGGAUCGAACUUCCAUUCACGAGGCCAUGGAGCAGCAAUCGAUUUCCAUAUCAAAAGCUGGUAUUGUGACGUCUCUACAAGCACGAUGUACUGUUAUUGCAGCUUCUAAUCCGAUCGGCGGCAAAUAACACCAACAUCGAGGGACUUAAUCGAAGUAAGUACCCGAUUAAUUUGCUGGCUUUUCUGGGUAAACAGAUUUUCCCAAAUUGCUGCCUUUUCAUUGAUUGACUAAGCAACGCCAUAGUGAGUUAUUCAAUACCUACUUUUUGUUGUUAACCGUUUAUUCGAGGCCUAAUUGGUUUGUGUUUUUUAUCAGGGAUUGCCGGCAUAACGACAUGCUGCGUAUCGUGCGAUUACAAACAACAAAACACAAACAAAAAGAAGCUGAUUGUCACCGAACCGAACCCUUUUGGAGCCGAAGAUAUGUGAGUUUUUAAAUAUUUUUUUUGUAUUAUUUUAAAUUGUUCCUUUCGGGCGGGUCUUACACUAUAAACUGCCUACACAGUUUAUGCAAUCUCUUCCAAAUAAAGCGGAUAGAAAACCAGCAAGCUUGAGAGGUUGAAGAUUUUGAAACAAAAAACCAUAUCGGGUUAAACUUGCUAGUUUUCUACUGUUUGCUUUUAUUCUGAGGCGGAGUAGUUCGCUACUUCUGCAGUUAUUUUAAUUAUGGAUUCAGAUCUGAGGAUGGUCGUUUUUGUAUAGCCAGAUCAACCCGGGGUAACUCGGGUAAGAACCAUCACGCCAAAUACAAAAAAAAACUCAAAAUAUACUCCAUGGUACUAAAAACAAGUUAUCUCAAAAAAGGUUAGACAUGGGAUCCCUCCUACUACCUAGAAGUGGAAUGUUUUGGUAAAAGGAAGUGGAAUGUAGUAAAGUGGUGAGGGGUAAUUUAUGAGGCGGUUGUUGGCUCCGCGUUUCCAUCGUUGUAUGGCGGGAGUAGAACCAACUUCACCAGUGGUCUUGUGACUUGACCUUUCUCCGUCGAGAUGUCCACUACUCGUACUCUGCUGUCGGCACCAGGGUGUAUGUUGACAACUCGUCCUAACCUCCACUCAGUGGGGGUUAAGUUGUCUUCCUUGAUGACGACCAGAUCACCACGUUUGAUAUUUUCUUUGG